AUGGGAGUUCUGCAGGUGAUUAAAAACAUUCAAAACACUGUCUCUAUUCCAACAACCCAACCUCAACAGCUGCAGAUUUAUGCUCCUCCAUGUUCUCAACAACACACACACCAGUACCCCUGCAGCUCUCCAUUACAGAACUCUCAGCAAUAUCCCUCUUCUGACGUUUCAUACACUCCACUGCUAGGCAGGGUCUCUAGUCAACAUCAUGAAACGAUUCCAUCGAGUACCAUAUCUACAAACAUCAUAUCUCCUGGUUCUAAUGACACACAAACUAGUAGUAAUUAUAGCAAUUUGACAUCCCCUUUCUCACAUAAUUCAGAUAUUGACUUUUGA